UCCCGGCGCCCACCGCAGGAGCUCCCCCGCCGUGGCCGGGGCGACCCCUUGUUCUUUAGUGGUGCCGAUGAGGGAGGCCCCCGCAGGACCCUGGCCGCAGCGUGCCCUUCUCUGCGGGAGAGGUCCAUUCCUGAUGCCUUUCAGGAAGAGUUAUCCUGCUGGACCUUAAGGAUUUCCAGUGACUUUUUCUGAAUAUUUUUGUUCUUAUUCUGCCUCCUGUGGCCUCCGCCUGUUCAGAGAGGACUCUGGGGAAAUAGAGGACACCAGGGCCCUUGACAGCCCAGUUUCAGAUCUACCUUCUGAGAUAUCAUCCUUCUUUAGGGAGACCAGAAAAAAUGGCAACAGGGUCCUGGAGAGCCAAGGGAAUGGUACCCAUGGCAUUCAGGGAUGUAGCUGUGGCUUUCACUCAGGAAGAGUGGAGACUGCUGAGCUCUGCUCAGAGGACCCUGUACAGGGAGGUGAUGCUGGAGAACUACAGCAAUCUGGUCUCACUGGGAAUUCCAUUUUCCAAACCAAAACUUAUUACUCAGCUGGAGCAAGAGAAAGAAACUUGGAGAGAGGAGAAAAAAUGCCCACAGGCCACCUCUCCAGGACCAAAGCCAGAUGUCCAUCUCAGUGUUUCCUGCCCUCUGGAUUUCUCCAGUGAGAAAUUCCCCAUGCAGCAUGAGCUGUGUAAUCAUCAUCCCUGGAUCUUCACAUGCUUAUGUGCAGAAAGUCAUGUCCAGACAGAGGAUUCAUGCCCAGAGGACCAGGGAAAGCAGCAACAGGCCUCGGAUCGAAGUCCUUGGGUUGAUAAAGCAGAAGGUCUAGAGAGAGAUGGUGCCAAGUCUUUUUUUGGAAGGACAAAGAGAAGAACUCUGGGAACAUCCUCCAGGCCACCCCAAAAGCAGCCACUCAGCUCUCGGAAUGGCAGCAAAGGGGUGGAGACAGAUGUCAGAACUACUCAGACAGGGAACCCUGAGGAAACAGACAAAUUGUUGAAGAGGAUAGAAGUCUUGGGAUUUGGAACGGUCAACUGUGGAGAGUGUGGACUAGGCUUCAGCAAGAUGACAAACCUGCUUAGUCACCAGAGGAUACACUCAGGGGAGAAGCCUUACGUGUGUGGGGUAUGUGAGAAAGGCUUCAGUCUAAAGAAAAGCCUUGCCAGACACCAGAAGGCACACUCAGGGGAGAAACCUAUUGUGUGCAGGGAAUGUGGACGAGGUUUUAAUCGGAAGUCAACACUCAUAAUACAUGAGAGGACACAUUCAGGCGAGAAGCCUUAUAUGUGCAAUGAAUGUGGACGAGGCUUUAGUCAAAAGUCAAACCUCAUCAUACACCAGAGGACACAUUCAGGAGAGAAGCCUUACGUGUGCCGGGAGUGUGGCAAAGGUUUUAGCCAAAAGUCAGCUGUUGUCAGACACCAGAGGACACACUUAGAGGAGAAGACCAUCGUAUGCACUGAUUGUGGCCUGGGCUUUAGUGAUAGGUCAAACCUCAUCUCCCACCAGAGGACACACUCGGGGGAGAAGCCUUAUGCCUGCAAGGAGUGUGGGCGAUGCUUUAGGCAGAGGACAACCCUUGUCAACCACCAGAGGACACACUCAAAGGAGAAACCGUACGUGUGUGGAGUAUGUGGGCACAGCUUUAGCCAGAAUUCAACCCUCAUCUCUCAUAGGCGGACGCACACUGGGGAAAAGCCAUAUGUAUGUGGGGUGUGUGGGCGAGGCUUUAGUCUAAAGUCACACCUCAACAGACACCAGAACAUACACUCAGGGGAGAAACCCAUCGUGUGCAAAGACUGUGGUCGAGGCUUCAGUCAGCAGUCAAAUCUCAUCAGACACCAGAGGACACACUCAGGGGAAAAGCCCAUGGUGUGUGAGGAAUGUGGACGAGGCUUCAGCCAGAAGUCGAACCUCAUUGCACACCAGAGGACACACUCGGGAGAGAAGCCGUAUGUGUGCCGGGAAUGUGGACGAGGCUUCAGUCAUCAGGCAGGGCUCAUCAGGCACAAGAGGAAACAUGCGAGGGAGAAGCCUUACACAUGCCGGCAGUGUGGACUAGGCUUCAGCAAUAAGUCGGCUUUAAUAACCCAUAAGCAAGUACACACAGAAGAGAAGCCUCGUGUAGGCAGAGAGUGUGGUCAAGGCUUUAUCCAGAAGUCUCACCUCACCUUACAUCAGGUGACACACAAGGGGGAAAAGCUUUACAUGUGUAAGACAGGUGGGCAAGGCUUCAGACAGAAGUCUCACCUCAACAGACACAGGAAGAUAAAGCCCAUCCACCACCGACCACCACUCCAGCCUGACUCUGAGGCCUAUUUAGGGCCAUCUUCUGAAUCCUUAUACUCUGUUUGAAAGUGAAGAGGGUGGCAAAGACAAAUACUGAAAAUUUUUACACUUUAUGCAGUGGAGUAAAACAAAAUGCAUUCCAAAGGUGGUCAGACAUUUGGCUUCAUUCAGUUUCUCCAUACUAAAUCUUCAUGUUUUAUGGCCUUUUGUUCUAAUAAACUUUUUCUUUUU